AUGGAGGAGCAGAGGGCAGCCGCAGCCAAGGCGGCUCAGGAGACGACGAGGGAGUCGGCUAAGGCGCCGGCCUACGUGGUGGCCGAGUCUCAGGUGGAGGCCGCGGCCACAGAAAGGGCAGCGGAGGCCCUGCGUAGCCAGCCUCCACAACUCGUCAUCCCGGUGCCCCUGCCAGAGGAAGCCGGCCGCGACCAGCUGGCGAUGGAGAGGGAGGGGGGCAACAUAGUCGUCCCAAAGGGAGAGGCGACACUACCACCGUCGGCCGAAAUAGGCCAAGGCGGCCAGCCUGAGGCGUCACGGAGAGCGACUUUAGAGCCGGACCCGCAGAGGGCCGCGUGCUCCAGCUCAUUGACCCAUGACCUGGAGACGGCCAGCGUCAGCUCGCCAGGGUGGACGCCGGGCGGUGGGACGGUCGUUCUGAAUGUGGCAGCGCAGGAUGUCCGGGGCCGGCUUCAGUCUCAGGCCACCGCGCUGAAGAAGUAUACCCAAGAGUUCCUUGCAAUGCGGUCGGCCAUUCGGGAUUAUCACAACCUCCAUGUUGCUACCUUCAGCUCCCAGGCCCGGGAGAUGAAUCAGAAGACCGCCGAUCUGACAGAGAAUCGGAAUCCUCACCCGCCGCCACCCCCACUCACCCACUCCCUCGCUCCCCUCGGUCCCCCUAGAUCCAUCCUCUCCCCUCCCGCAACCCCAAACCUGGCCACGCCGCCGAACGCCACUCCCCCAAACCGAGCCCCAGCCCCGCCGGCGACCUCCUUCCCCACUCCUCGACUGCCCAGCAACAUCCUCUACUUCAUACCCGCCGGACGACUAACCAACCUUCUCGUCUUCCUCCUCGUCUCCCCACGAUUCGAUUUGGGUCCCCCUUCGGUGAACCAGCCGCCGGCGACCGCCUCCACUCCGCUGCCGGCGCCACCUCCCCUCCCUUCACUGGCUGGAGAUCCACUCGAGCUCCCCUCCUCCAAUCUCGCCACCGUCGUCGUCGUCGACCCCCAACCCCACCCCCACCGGCGACCGUAUCCACCAACCCCAUCACCACUGGUGACCUCCCUCCCUCCCCAGAUGGCUGGAUGGAUGGACGGGGACGACGAAAGCGGUGCCGGAUCCGCAUCCACCAUCUCUCGGUGGGGGCCGGAGCAUCCUGAUGCGGUGGCCUUGUCUCCGACCAAGGCCGGUUCUUCCUCGACCUUCCACGACAUGCAUCUCCUCUCCGGCCAUGGUGGAACCAGAAGAAGCAACCCCCCUAACGGACGUGGUUGCUGCACAUCUCAAGUGAGCAAAAUCAUCCUGUUGAGAGCUCGUUGAUUGCUAUCCUACUGAUCCGCCGCCUCUUCGGCAGCAAAACCGUGGAGACGGUGGUUCUGGAGGGGCACAGCAUCGUGGAGGCGCUGGCCAGGUACGCGGCGGAGUCCGGUGUCCACAACCUGGUGCUCGGAUCCGCAACCUUGAGCUGCUUCUGGAGGUAUAUACUGUAUUUUCGUCUUUAGAAAAGGCCAGGAUUUCGCUUUUGAGAACCCAACAAAUCUGGAUAGUUGUUGUUACUUGCUUUGCUUUUCCCCAAAAGAGGAACCAGAAAUGUAAGUUAGUGUAGGAAGCAAAAAGGGGUGAGUCCCUUUAAUGGAUCGUGACUUGCCUCACUCUCAUGUUACACAUUUGGCAUCAGAAAGGUUGAUAGAUGCAUCCACUGAUCCACGUACAUACAGACUUAGUUUCUGUUUAUAGAGACUGAACUAUGUUCGGAAGAAAAUACUGUAGGAUAGUUUGUAAAGUGUGUGUUCUUAAGAUUUGUAGCAGCAACUACAGUCCUGUUCAUGCUGAUUGGUCCUUGUUAUGCACCUACUUGAUUGUCAGCAUAUGCAUCUGGUUUUGUUUUAUAUUUGAAUUUUGUGCCCUAUUUAGUUAGUCCUAAUGGUCUCAUCUCUUAGGAAGAUUCUAGCUAACUGAAAGGGCCUUCCUUAAUUAUUCUCUUUUACAAGGUUGAGAGUAGCUCAAAAUGAUACUAACACAUACGUACAUUCUCAUUCUCUACCUCUGCUCUCAUUAAAUAUUUGCCAUGUAUUUAAUGUGUGUGUGUGUGGAGUAAAGUUGUGGUUUGUACUUCUCCUUUGUAACAUGAUGAAACAAGCACCUGUAGCGUCUAAGUUAGUGGGUGUUUGUCUACAUGGUAAAGCUUCUUUGCCAUGUAUUUCAUUAGGAUGUGAACAAUCUACUACAGGCUCACAAAGCUAUUGAGUUAAAUUUUUUGUUUCUUUGCUGUCAAUGUUUGCUAAGCUAUUUAAAUGAUGAUGACAAACUGAAAUCAUGAAUACUCAUAUAGAAACUAUAUGGUAAUAACUAUACAUGUUAUCAUUGAGUUUGAUGUGUGUUUAUAGAAUGACAUGGUUGGCUAAUUAAACCAUGUCCGUGUAUCUUUUAGAAUUUGAUUCAUUGGUAGCACAUUCAGAUAUAUUAAUUAAUUUUGUGCAUGUUGGAGAAUUUAGACGACGAUAACAAACUAUAAUCACGAAUACUUGUAUAGAAACUUGGACGACCAUCUUGUUUAAUUUUGUGAUAUUCCUCCAUACUAGGAGCUAAUCAGCUGCACUGUUAUUCAGCUUUCAUUGGCAGUUUUAAUUUCACUGAAAUCAUCUUUUCUUUUCUAUGCUCAUGUUCAAGCCUGGUAGUAUAUAUUUUUUCCAAAUGGUCUGUUUACUUGAUUUAUCUGUUGUUUGAUUUUGCUCCAUCAGCUUUCCUGAUGUCCUUCUACAUAUAUAUGUUGGUUGUAAUCUUCUUGAAGAAUGCAAGUACUUGAUAUUCCAUUCUGUUCUUGUAGGUGAAUGGAACUCCGUUGAGGACUUCUACCCAUGUUGAAGAGCAGCUAGCUUUUGUACUGGCAGAGCGGUCUAUUUAUAGAUCUCAAUAUUUAUGAUUGUGUGGAUUUGGGUGAAGUUUGAAGUUCUUGGGUAUGCAAGAUUCGAUGGUUAAACUGGUUGAUGUCAUGUGAAUGAGUGUAUGGAAACUGGUUGUUGUGAUGUGAAUGAGUGUAUGUAGUUUCACGUGUUCUGUUUUGUAUAGCAUAUUGUAAUAAACUUAUUUUAGCUAUUAUUUGAAGAUUUUCAUA